AUGCCGUCGAAGAAAUCGAAGAACGAUUCAGAGAAGAAAUCAAUCGUGGAGGCAUCAGAUGGUCUGGGUACUACACCAGCCACUACCGGUAGUAAGACCUCGAAGGAAGAUGUUGACGAUAAAAGGUCCAACCUUCGAACUGGAACUAUACCGAAUAGAACAGAUAAUCUCAGUAGUGGAGAGGCCAAGAAGCAGGUCGAGAUUUUAUCCAACGAUAAUGUGAGACGGAACCCUCCGCGCAAGGUUAGAAGAAACCAUUGUCAGUCCUGUGAUGAACCUGACACCAGUAGAAUGGUGCAGUGUGAUACUUGUGACCUAUGGUAUCAUUUCUUCUGUGUGGAGGUAUCGGCAGGAAUUGCAGAUGUGAGUUGGAUUUGUCCCAUGUGCGAUGUCAUAAAGGACUCAAUCACUCCUUCGGAACAAAAUACUGCCGGUGACCAGAUUGUUAGUAAUUUGGCCAAGGAUAGACUGCCAAAGAUCAGGACUUCGCUGUCCCAGAGCAAGAUGGGUAGCUCGAAGAGUGAGUCAAAAAGACGAAGAGAUCUGGCAUUGCAGAAGCUGGAGGCUGAGUUUAUGCUAGAAAAACGCUAUAUUGAACGUAUGUACGACAUGCUACUAGAAGAUGAAACGGACGCUGCCUCAGUUGUGAGCGAAACCGAUUCCUACAAAAUGUUGAAAAUACAAGACUGGAUAGCUGCUGCUGAACGCAUUGGUGAGUUGAAUCUAUCCGAGACUGCUGGAGAAAACCAUAAUAGAAGCGCACCGAACCACUCGGAAGGGCCAUUAGAGAGCCAUGUUUCAAAUUCUCAACGGCACAUAGAUCAACCACCAACCCUACAAGUAAACGAGUUCGUUCCCAGUCAACGGUCCACGCCAAAGCAGUCAGUACCACCAAGGCUGCCUCAGCUAACAGAAAAUGUGAACGAUGAAACUGUGUGCAUAUUGAACCGCAGUCAAAUUGCUGCGCGUCAGGCUAUGUCCAAAGACCUUCCGGAGUUUAGCGGUAGCCCUGAGGACUGGCCUCUAUUUUAUUCAAUGUUUAACACCUCCACUCAGAUGUGCGGUUUCUCUAACGAAGAAAACAUGCUGCGGCUUCGUAAGUGCUUGCGAGGUAAGGCAUUGGAGGCAGUUAGGUGCCGAUUACUUCAUCCAUCGAACGUUUCUGGAGUAUUAUCCACUCUGAAGAUGCUGUAUGGAAGGCCAGAAGCCAUUGUCCAGGCAAUAAUUGGCAAGGUACGAGGCUUACCAUCGCUGAAUAUAGAAAAACUAGAAACGGUUGUCAAUUUCGCAUUGACGGUUGAGAACCUGGUUGCAACGAUUCAGGCCUGCGAAGUGAGUGACUUCGUAUACAAUGUCUCCUUGCGAUAUGAGCUGGUGGAAAGAUUACCACCGACCCUGACACCGAAUCUCCUUGAUUUCAGCUCGUGGUUAUACUCCAUGGCAGACGAUGCAAGUGCCAUCAUGACAACUCCCAGUCAGGAUCAACGGCCGCGAACAAGCAGAAAGGAUACGUUUCUCAACUAUCAUUCAGCAACGGAUAGCGAGGGCAUGAGGCCCACGAGACCUGUCCAGAAAGUGACAUUUGUUCUCGAAAAAUCGUCCAGCGUUCAGUGCAUAGUAUGCAAAGGGAGCUGUUCAUCACUAACUAACUGUAAACGCUUCGCGGAAUUCAGCUGUGAGUCUAGGUGGGCAGUGGUGAGGGAACGUAAACGCUGCCGAAAAUGCCUCAGGAAGCACAACGGAUCGUGUAACAAGCAAAAAAUAUGUGGUACUGAUGGUUGUUCGUACCUACAUCACCCUCUUCUGCACACUAGUAAAGGUCAGUAUAAUAAAAAAUCAGCCUCAUCGAACGAGCCAUCGACUGUAGUGGGGCAAAACAACGAAACGACGUGUAACGUGCACCAAGGACAAUCGGAAGUUCUCUUUAGAGUUGUUCCUGUUAUUCUGUAUGGACCUUCGAAAACAAUUCGAACACACGCAUUUAUCGAUGAUGGAUCUGAGCUUACGUUGAUAGAACAAUCCCUUGCGGAUGAGCUGGAAUUGAAAGGACCAGCAAAAUCGUUAUGCUUAAAAUGGACGGGUGGUGCGCGGAGGACAGAAAGCUCUUCACAAAGGGUAAGCUUACAAAUUUCCGGAAACGUAGAUUCGACAAAAAAGUACAACCUGUCCUCAAUACAAACAAUUGGAGCGCUGCAAAUUCGACCGCAAACGUUGCUGGUAGAAAACAUGCAGGAGAGAUUCCAGCAUUUACGCGGGCUACCACUAGAAUCAUACCACAAUGUCAGUCCAAGGCUGCUUAUAGGAUUAGAUCACGCAGGCCUCGGAUAUGCUAAAGAAAGUCGAGAAGGUAAACCGAAGGAACCAAUAGCCGUUAAAACCCGCCUCGGAUGGGUCGUAUACGGAAGCUGUGUAGGAGAGGAGAAGGCCUUUCGCUAUGUGAACUAUCAUAGCCUUCAAGUAUGCCAGUGCAAUCUGGAGAUCGAUGGAGCGCUAUACAAAGCAGUAAAAAACUAUUUUACACUCGAUAGUCUCGGAAUCCAUACCCCGGGCAAGCCAAUGUUGUCAACAGAGUAUCAACGAGCACAAACGCUACUUGAAACAUUAACAAGACCAAAAAAUGGUCGUUUUGAAUCUGGCCUCUUGUGGAAGUACGAUAAUGUACGACUACCAGAUAGUGAAAGAAUGGCAUUAAGGCGAUGGCGAUGUCUAGAUAGCCGACUGCGGAAGGAUCCAAUUUUAACAGAAACUCUUACCACGAAAAUCGACGACCACAUCACCAAAGAUUAUAUUCGGAAAUUAACUGUUGAAGAACUGCAUUUACCUCACACAAGAGUGUGGUAUCUUCCAAUCUUCCCAGUGAAUAACCCAAACAAACCGGUACUAAUACAAUUCCGGGAAUACAAAACGGCGGUGUGUGGAGACAUUCGUGAAAUGUACCAUCAGGUACAGAUUCGUGAGGAUGAUCAGCAUUGCCAACGAUUCUUUUGGAAAGAUAAGCCAGAAGAUCUCCAUCCCAGUGUAUAUAUUAUGAUGGUAAUGACGUUCGGUGCUAGAUGUUCGCCGAGUACUGCACAGUACAUAAAAAACCACAACGCGGAAAGAUUUCAGCAGGACUACCCAGCCGCAGUCCAUGCCAUCACGAAGCAGCACUAUAUCGACGACAUGCUUGUUAGCGUCGAAUCAGAAAAGGAAGCCUUGCAGAUAGCAAAUGAUGUUAGAAUGAUCCACGCAAAAGCUGGAUUUGAGAUGAGAAAUUGGAUCUCAAACUCAGCCAAUGUACAGGCAGAACUACACGGAGCCACCGCCGACGAGAAGAACCUAAGUAUCGGCGAUGAAAAUGCUACUGAAAAGGUCCUUGGGAUGCGGUGGGACACUGUGACGGAUCGUUUCACAUACAAGCUGUCUGCACGAUAUGCUCAAGACCUCCUCUCAGGCUAUCAACGACCGACCAAGCGGGAAGUGCUUAGAAUGCUUAUGAUGAUCUUCGAUCCGUUGGGCAUCAUUGCACACUUUCUGAUGUUCCUUAAAGUCCUUUUACAAGAGAUCUGGAGAUCCGGGAUCGGCUGGGAUGACCCGAUUGAAGAUGUACACUUCGAGAAGUGGUUACUGUGGCUGUCAGUUUUACCUCAAGUUACUUCAGUCAGAAUCCCUAGGUGUUAUCGGGUUCAAACAUCUUUAGCAGCGGAUACAGAAGUACAAAUGCACACCUUCGUAGACGCUAGCGAAAAUGGCUUUGCUGCGGCAAUUUAUUUACGAUUUCGUCAAGGGGACAUUAUAGAGUGCGCGCAGGUCGGUGCCAAAACGAAAGUGGCACCUCUAAAGUUCCUCUCUAUUCCGCGAUCCAAGCUACAGGCCGCAGUGAUCGGCAUGCGCCUCGCGGAAACCAUCACUAAAUCGCUCUCAUUCGAAGUGAUAAAGCGAUUCUUUUGUACUGAUUCUAGACAUGUUAUAUAUUGGUUGAACUCGGAUCAUCGACGAUACAGCCAAUUUGUUGCAUUUCGUGUCAGCGAGAUCCUCGAUGCAACGAAUGCAGACGAAUGGUACUGGAUUGGGACAAAACUGAAUGUUGCGGACGAGGGAACUAAGUGGAAAGGAACUCCCAAUCACGACGCGUCUAGCCGCUGGUUUCGAGGUCCAGAGUUUCUCUGGUUUCCGGAAAGAGAAUGGCCAAAAUCUCCAAAACUCGUCGAAUCGUCAACAGUUGAAGAACUUCGUCCUCACCUGCUACUUCAUGUUGCUUCAUGUGAGCCAGUAAUCGAACCGCUGGAUUUCUCUGGAUGGAAAAUACUCUUGCGCCGAGUAGCCUACGUAUUGCGCUACAUCGGAAACCUAAAGCGAAGCGUGAAGAAGAAGAAUCUAAUUUGCGGUCCAUUGAUCUAG